GGCUGUCUGCUGGCCUCUGCUCUUCAGUGACCCAAUGAGCCGGGCAGCGACGAUAUCGUCGUCACUUUCGAUGCGGGCUAACGGUUAAACGGUCUUACAAUACGUUCUCCACAUAGAUAUAUGUAUUUUGAAACUGCCGUUUACGUCCUUAAAUAUCAAUAUCCAAAUCAAAAUAAAUAAAUACCAACCGCUUAUCGUCGCGCGUUCUGAUUUCAACACAAGCGAAAAAAAUAAAGUAUACAAAUAAAAAUAAUAUUUACAUUUUCCGUUUUGUCGUUUUUUUUUUUGUGCAUUUUUUUUUGUUGUCACUCUGCCAUUUCACGCUGUGCUUCGCGCCUUUUUUUUUGAGAAAGUCGUAAACUCCCUGUUGGGGAGUUGCUAGCAAAUUAAAUAUAUAUUUUGUUGUUCGGUUCGUUUUAUUGUUUAUUGGCAUGAGUUUUGUGUGAGGCCACAAAAAAAAAAAAGAAAAAUAGAAAAAAAGAAGAAAGCAAAUUGAAAAUCGAAGCAACAAAUCGCAAUCAUAAUCAUGUCUGCGUUAAUUCCAAUUGGCCACUACUGCAAAAGUGUUCAAGUGUUGUUGUGAGUGUCGUUCAAAAAAAAAAAAAGAAGAAAAAUCGCGAUCGAAAUAAAAAUAAUAAACAUACAAAGAUUACAACGAAUCGAAUUGUUAAAUUCCACGAAUUAAACGCAAAUUGUCUGAAAUUCAGCGUGCACAAUAAAAAGAAUCUGUUUCAAUGUGGAAAGCACAACUAAAUUUUUACGCCUCGACUGUUGAUUGCUGAAUUGCUCAAAAGCGUUAAUUCGGUUAAGCACUUAAAGCGUCCUCGUCAGCAGCAGCAUCAGGAGGAGGAGAAGGAAGAGGAGGACGAAUCGGAGUUGGUAGUUGUGGUGGGCUGUUAAAGAGAGCUUGCUGGAUUGAGGGUCAGCAGCUGUCCCAAUGUGGCCCAGACAUAAGGGCACACAAAUUGCGACGCACAGCAAGUUACGUGCAUAGUUCAAUUGAAGGUGAAUUCCAACUAAACGAGCCAGCGACACAAAAUCUUGAAACGAAGACAAAACAACAGGAAAGCAGAACAGGCAACAGAAAAGAAACAAAACGAAACAAACUUCAACAUGUCCAGCAGCCAUUCAGGCACAAUUGGCCGUAAACGCGUUGGCAGCGGCAGCGCAGUUGGCAGCGAUUUUUACUACAGCAGCAGCAGCGGCGGCGGUGGAGGUGGCUCAAUCGGUGGCGGUGGCAUUGGCGGUGGCAUCGGCGGUGGCGGUGAGCAGCUGCGUCGACAGCGCUCAGCAGAAUGGCACAGCCAUCGACAUGGACAUGGAUAUGGCAGCAGCAGCGAAGAUGAAUAUCAAAAUACCGCCCAGGCAACGGCCUUUGAUACCCAGCUGUUGGCUCAGCUGCUGUUGCAGAGUCAGCAAUUGGCAAGCAUGGAGCAUUACAAUUCGGACUGCGAGCCAGAAUAUUUGCGUCAGCGCAAACGCGACGCGCGUCGCAGCGAAGACAACAACCUCGAGGUGACUUAUGCGCAGCCGCAUCAGCAGCGUCCCUCUGCCGCUGCCUCUGCCGCUGCCUCUGCCGCUGCCGCUGCGACGUCAUCGGGAUCGCCGCUAAAGCUGGCAACGUUGUCGUCGAGCACAACAACGACAACAGGCAGCCAGAAAUAUCAAACGAACGCAAAUUUGGGACUUUUUCCCAACAGCAGCAGCAGCAGCAGCACGCUGACUGCAGCAGCAGUGGCAGCGGCAGCGACGUCAACGUCAGCAGCGACGCGCAGCACAAAUCCCUUCCUCAACGCCAAGUACAACAGCACAAUGGACGACGCUGCUUUGGAGUCAGCGGCAGCGGCAGCAACGCCAAGCAGCGCUUAUUUGCUGCCAGCGUCGGCGUCGUCGUCGACGGCAGCGUCGAGCAGUCAGCGCAGUCAGCGCAGCGGCGCCGCACGCAACACAUUGAAUCGAUUGAGCGGCAUGACAAGCUCCAGCAGCGGCACCUCCGCCCUCUCCGUCAAUCGCAGCGAUUCGUUGCGCGACAAAACGCAACAAUUGCUCGCUGCCGCAGCCGCCGUUGCAGCGACGUCGAAGCCAGCAGCAGCAGCAGCAGCAACCACGACAGCGGCAGCGGCAGCGCUGCAGUUACAGCAGCAGCAGCAGAGCGAUGAUGGCGGCGGGCUGAGCAGCGGGGGGGAAUCGGAACCGCCGCCAGAGCCAGCGCCGCCUGAGAUUCCCCCACGCACUCAAUCGCUGUUGAUGUCCUUGCGCAAGCAUUCCGAAUACAAGCUCAAGUACGAGGAGAAGGGGGACCAAAAGCACGAGGAAUUCAUUCCGACCAGCCAACUCCAGAAGGAUUAUAUUAUCAGCGAUAAUCUUCGCACAGUGGAGCAACAAUUAAAACCCAUUUCUCCAGGCGAUUCUCAGGGAUUGGGCGGCCACCAACAACAGAUGCCACAAAGUAUGUCAACUGGCAGCAACACAAUCGGCCAUGGCGGCAUCGAUCGCGGCGGCGUCGGCGUCGGCGUUGGGAUGCCAAUGGGCGCUGGCACAAUGCCUGGCGGCGUUGGGGGUCAAGGCGUCGGUGGAGUUGGAGUUGGAGGACCCCAAGUGUCGGUCGGUGGACCACCGGGCAGCGGCGGACCGGGUCCGCAUUGCCAGAUAAGCGGCUCACAGCCAUUGGUCAUGCCUGGAUUCCCAUUGCGUAAUUCGCACUCAGCGCAUGCACCGCAUUAUUCGCCAUAUUCACCAUCCAGGUUUCACAUAGAUAAACGCUGUCAACACCGAUGUUCCUGGAAAUGCUUGAGCAUCGCCUUAAUAUUCAUAUCCGUCGUCCUAACCGCCAUGUUGGCAUACUUUGCAGCAGUCAGUUCGAUGAAGCCGAACAUGGACAGCUCCAAUUGCAUCCUAGUCCAAGACGUCAAGUCGCAACCGCACGAUCUCCGAGGCGGCAUCGGAGGCAAGGCUGGCGACAACAAGGCGCUGGGAGGCGCCACCGCAUACCCCACUGAGGAAUCGAUACAGACGAGCACAUCCGAUCACAAUAGCAUCAAUGUGAAUUUGGCCGGUUUGCCGGCGGGCGCAACGGGCAUACAGCAGCAACUGUUGUUGCAACAACAGCAGCCGCAUGCCAUCAAUCAACCGUUGACCCCGUUGGAUGCCACCAACACACAGCUGCAGGAUCAACUCACGUACGGCGGUGCAACUGGCGAUGGCCAGCAUCAUCAUGGCAUCAAUGGUGGCCUCAAUGGCGGUGGCAUCAACGGUGUCGGCGGUGGCAUGAUGGGCGGCAUCAAUGGCGGUGGCCAGCAGCAGCACAAUCUGUUGUUGCAACAGGCGGGCGGACACCAUCAUCCGGCAUUGCAGCAACAGCAGGGCAUCGGUUUGAGUGGCGGGCAAUGGCCGCAAGUCGUUGAGCUGAAGGACUUCAAUGAGCUGUAUCAUGCCAAUAUACCGGCCUAUCAAUUCUGGACUCUGGAAUUCCGCAACAAGCAUCCGGCAUUCAUUCGGUUCAACUUUACGCUGCCAUGGGGCGCACACUUUGCUGUCUAUUCGCGUCGCAAUGUGGCGCCAUCGGUGACGCAACACGACUUUGUGGAGUUCAUCAAGGGCGGCAGACUCGACAGCCAUCUGCGGCAUCGACGCAACGCUGCCAAUGCAACAAGCAGCAGCAGCAGUGGCAAGGAUCGCGGACUGAUCGAUGUGGCAACUGUGGGAAGUAAGCAGCAACAACAACAACAACAUUUGCAGCGGAAACAUCGCAGCAACAGCUACGAGGAGGAACCCUACGACGAUGAAGCCGAUGAUGAAAGCAACAGCGCCAGCGAGGAGCAAGAAUCUCCAGCGAGCUUGGAAUACUUUGAUGUCGAAGCCAAGUCUUCCUUGGCGCAUCCGUUGCACAAACGCUCUGCGGCCGAUGGCGGAGCCGGAGGUUUGCCCGCUCUCGAUAUGGAUGCGAUGACGGUGAAUGUUUCGCUGUUGCAGUAUCUGGACACCGGAUUGUGGUUCAUCUCAGUCUACAACGAUGAGUUGGUUGCCCAUUCGGUGUCGCUGCUCGCCGAGGAGGCUGAAGGUGUCAGCACCACGUGCCCCAACGAUUGUUCCGGUCGCGGCAGCUGCUAUUUGGGCAAAUGCGAUUGCAUCGAUGGUUACCAAGGCGUUGACUGUUCCAAGAGCGUUUGUCCGGUGCUCUGCUCGGCUCAUGGCCACUACGGCGGCGGCGUCUGUCACUGCGAGGACGGGUGGAAGGGAGCCGAAUGCGAUAUACCGGUCGGUGAAUGCGAGGUGCCCAAUUGCUCCAGCCACGGACGCUGCAUCGAGGGCGAAUGCCACUGCGAGCGCGGCUGGAAAGGACCCUACUGCGAUCAACAUGAUUGCCUUGAUCCUUUGUGCUCGGGACACGGCACCUGUGUGGCCGGUCAAUGCUACUGCAAGGCCGGCUGGCAGGGCGAGGACUGCGGCACCAUUGAUCAGCAGGUGUAUCAAUGCCUGCCCGGCUGCUCGGAGCAUGGCACCUACGACUUGGAGACCGGACAAUGCGUCUGCGAGCGACACUGGACAGGACCAGAUUGUUCUCAAGCCGUCUGCAGCUUGGACUGUGGUCGCAAUGGAGUCUGCGAAUCCGGCAAGUGCCGUUGUAAUACCGGAUGGACGGGCAAUCUGUGCGAUCAGCUGCCCUGCGAUGCACGUUGCUCGGAACAUGGUCAGUGUAAGAAUGGCACCUGCGUCUGCUCCCAGGGCUGGAAUGGGCGACACUGCACGCUACCUGGCUGCGAAAACGGAUGCUCUCGUCAUGGUCAGUGCACAUUGGAGAACGGCGAAUAUCGUUGCGAUUGCAUUGAGGGUUGGGCCGGCAGCGAUUGUUCGAUCGCAUUGGAAAUGAACUGCAAGGACAACAUUGAUAACGAUGGCGAUGGCAUGACGGACUGUUCUGAUAGCGAGUGCUGCUCGCAUCCCGCCUGCUCGGAGCACAUCAUGUGCCUCUCGUCCAACGAUCCCGUUGAGGUGCUGCUGCGCAAGCAACCGCCCUCGGUGACAGCAUCCUUCUACCAGCGGGUCAAGUUCCUUAUCGAGGAGAACUCAGUGCAGUCGUAUGCCCACAUGGAUGAGUACAGCGAAAAUCUCUUCUGGAGCUCGUUCACACCUUGUCGUGUUUCGGUGAUGCGAGGUCAGGUGAUAACGCCCCAAGGUCUGGGCAUCGUUGGCAUUCGUGUCUCUGUGGAUCGUGACUCACGUUUUGGCUUCACUCUCACACGACAAGGCGGCUGGUUCGAUGUGCUGGUGAAUGGUGGCGGUGCAGUUACCCUGCAAUUCCAGCGAUCACCCUUCCGUCCACUCACCCGCACCGUUUUUGUGCCCUGGAAUCGCAUCGUCGUGUUGCCGCCGGUGCAAAUGCAGCUGAGCGAUGACGAUGAAACCACCAGUCGCAACAUCAAGGUCGCACCAUUGAAUCCGGCAUUGACGUUCCUCAACUCGAUCCAUUAUCACACAGCAGACGAGGCGAACGAUGCGAGCAAAGUGUGCAUGGAUCAUGAUCACGAGAAGCUCAAGCCCCAAUUGAUUAGCACCUGGAUGCCAAACGGUGUGGGCGCCAUGCCCGGCAAGCGGGUCAUCUUCGCUGAGACGCAGAUUGUACAGGAGUCUAUACAAAUUCCCGGCUCGGAUCUGCACCUCACCUAUCAAUCGUCGCAGGCUUCUGGUUAUUUGAGCAUCGUGCGCAUGCGUCUGACUUCUGAGACCAUUCCCAAGACCCUGACUCACGUGCAUGUGGGCGUUGAGAUCGAGGGUGCACUGCAUGUGAAGACCUACGAGGCCGAUCCGAAUCUCAUCCACACGUUUGCGUGGAACAAACGCAACGUCUAUCGUCAGAAGGUUUACGGUGUGACCAUCGCACGCAUCUCGGUGGGUUAUCAGCACACGACGUGCCAAACUCCCGUGUGGAUCACACAGACAGCGAAGCUGCAGGGCUACGAUGUGGAUAUCUCCGAUAUCGGUGGCUGGGGACUGGACAUCCAUCAUCAUUACAAUUUCCAUGAGGGAAUUCUGCAGAAGGGCGAUGGCAGCACCCUGCACAUGAAGGAAUAUCCCCGCACCGUCAAGGUGGUGAUGGGAACCGGACUGCAGCGACCUCUGAAUUGUCCCGACUACUGCAAUGGCGUGGCCAAGGAUGCCAAGCUCUUGACCCCGAUCGCAUUGGCCACCGGGCCCGAUGGCAGUCUGUAUGUCGGAGACUUUAAUCUGGUGCGUCGCAUUACACCCGACGGCAAGGUGUUUACCAUUCUCCAGUUGAGCGCCACUCAGGUGUCGUAUCAAUACUAUUUGGCCGUCUCCCCCGCCGAUGGACAUCUGUACAUUUCGGAUCCGGAACGUCAUCAAAUCCUGCGACUACUGCGACUGGAGAAGGUCAAGGAUCCGAGCAUCAACAGCGAACCGGUUGUGGGCAGCGGUCAACGUUGCAUUCCCGGCGACGAAGGAAAUUGCGGCGACGGAGGCGCCGCUCUUCAGGCGCGUCUCUCGCAUCCCAAGGGACUGGCGAUUGCCGCCGAUCGCACCAUGUACAUUGCCGAUGGCACCAACAUUCGUGCCGUCGAUCCCAAGGGCAUCAUCCACACCCUGAUCGGACAUCAUGGACAUCACAAUCACUGGAGUCCCGCACCAUGUUCGGGCACCCUGAUGGCCAAUCAGGCCCAACUGCAAUGGCCCACCGGCUUGGCAUUGAGUCCGCUCGAUGGGUCGCUGCAUUUCAUCGAUGAUCGUCUCGUCUUGCGUCUGACUUCAGAUAUGAAAAUACGUGUUGUCGCGGGCACUCCGUUGCACUGCAGCAACAAUGGCCAGGACAAUGGGCGAGCGAACAAGACGGCAACGGACAAUGUCCUUGGCACUGUUUUAGCCAUGGCCUUUUCACCCUUUGGCGAUUUGUACAUCGCCGACAGCGAUUCGCGGCGCAUCAAUUCGAUACGUGUUGUGGACACUGCGGGCAACAUGCGUUACUUUGCUGGCAAACAAGAGAGCACCGGCACCCAAACCUGCGACUGUGCAAUUGGAAAUGGCAGCAACGGUUCGUCGGCGAACGGUUUGACGGUGGGCAAUGGUGGUGCUUAUUCAACGACCGUGAAUCCGACACGCAAUAAUGGCGGCACGACGCCAACGACACCAGCUGGCGGAAACGGAAAUAAUGCUGGCAGUGGCAACGGCAAUGGCAAUGGCAACUCUGCUGGCAACUCAGCCAAUGGCAAUGGCAUCAACAUCGGCAUCAUCAGCAGCACCGGCGCUUGUGUCUGCGCCGGCGGCGUCAAUGCUGCAACGGCUGGCGGCUCCGGUAUCGGCUCCUCCUCCUCCUCCUCGGGCUCAAGUGCCGGCCAAACUUUGGCGGGCAUUGUGGCCGGCGGCAGUUUAAUGUCAACGGGACCCACGACAACGACUACGGUGCUGUUGGGCGCCAAGACAACAGCUGCGAAUCUCAACGGCAACGGCGCCACCCUCAACGACGAUGGCACUCUCAGCAAUGCCGAGACUCUGCUCUCUUCGAAUGCCCGCUUCCAGGCCAUCUCCGCGAUUGCCGUUGCCCAGGACGGCGUCAUCAAUGUGGCCGAUCAAGGUUCUUUGCAUGUGCUCGCCUUGGAACACUAUUUGCCGUCGCAUGAUGAGAACGGUGAAUUCCACAUACCAUUCCCACCGUCCAGUGAAAUCUAUGUGUUCAAUCGCUACGGUCAGCAUGUGGCUACCAAGGAUCUGACCUCGGGCAAGACUCGUUACUCGUUCCUCUACUCGAAGAACACGAGCUUCGGUCGUCUGUCCACUGUGACCGAUGCAUCGGGCAAUAAGAUACAAUUCCUGCGCGACUACAGCAAUGUGGUGAGCUCGAUUGAGAACACACAGGAUCACAAGUCGGAGAUACAGAUCAAUGGCAUUGGCAUCAUGACCAAACUGAGCGAGAAGGGACGUCAGGAGAUCGAAUUGGACUACGACAGCAACACGGGACUCUUGAAUUCCCGGUCGUCGGGUGGCGAGACCUACAUCUAUCAGUACGAUGAGUUUGGACGUGUUACUGGCAUGAUUUUGCCCAGCGGUGAAAUUGUGCGUAUCACCUCACAGCUGGCCGAUAACAAGGGACUCACCGUGUAUGUGCACGCCUCCGUCGAGUCGCUCUUCUCACGCGAACGCUCCACGGGUCCCAACUCCGGAUCCGGUGAUGCCAACGAGCUGCUCGUUCUCGGUGGCGUUCGCUCGACGUUCCUGAAGCGUGGACGCGCUCAUGCCGAUGCCGAACUCAAGGCUAACAAUACGCUGGUCAUUCACGGUGCCAAUGGCGUUGUGGUUGAGGCUUCCGCGGUGGCCCGGCAUCCGUUGCUGGAGGCUGCGCUGCCCGUGGAGGCUGAAAUGUUGGCCAUGUGGUCGCAUCAGAGUGUCACGAUGGGCGAUGGCCUUACGAACUCCAUGUAUUCCGUGUACAAUUUGAUCGGGGAUGUGCGCAAUCCACAGCAGACAUUGAAUCGCGAGAUCUGGGUGAAUCAAUCCCGGGUGAUUGGCGUCGAAUUCGAUCAGUUCACCAAUCGCGAGACCUUCUACGAUGCCCAACGCACACCGAUACUGAUUGUCGCAUACGAUCAAUCGGGUCUGCCCAAAUCGUAUUAUCCGGCCAACGGUUAUCCCGUCAACAUCACGUACGAUCGCUUCAAUCGCGUCGAGGGCUGGGCCUGGGGACCCGCUGAGCUCAAGUACAGCUACGAUCGUCACGGUCUGCUAUCGGAGAUCACAUCGCAGCAGGACGGCAUCAUUUCGUUUGUGUACAACGAUUGGAAUCUGGUGUCGGAAAUCGGUUUGGCCAGUCAGCGCAAGUUUGUGCUGCAGUACGACGAUGCGGGCGGCUUGCGACACGUCGUCCUGCCCUCGGGCACACGGCACAGCUUCAGCAUGCAGACCUCCAUCGGCUUCAUACGUUGCACGUACACGCCACCGGGCAGCACUCGGGCUUAUCUCCAGCACUACAGUCACGCCGGGGCGUUGUUGCAAACGAUUCUACCCGGGGAUGGGGCGCGCAUUGUGUAUCGCUAUAAUGCGGCCGGCCAACUGACCGAGGUGGUGCAUGGCGACGGACGCAGCGAGUUCCAGUACAACGAUGCCACCGGCAUGCCGAGCACGGUGUCGCAUGCGGAACGGGAACUUGAGUACCGAUGGGACUUUGAGUAUGCCGCCGGAUUGUUGACGGAGGAGCGCAUCGAUUAUGUGGCCAAGACCGGACUGAGCAAUGCGAAGUUCAGCUACGAGUACGACAGUCAAUUGCGUGUGAUUGCACUCCAGGGACGCAUCGGUGGCCAGAGUUUGCCCAGCCAGGCGUACGCUUACGAUCGUCGCACCGGUCAGCCAAGUCUGAUCGGACAGUUCAAGUUCACGCGUCCGGCCCUGAAUCAGACGCAACUCCACGAUGGCACCGCUGGCUUCACGCGCACCGUCGACGGUCGCUUCCAGACGCAACGCAUGGCCCUGACCAUCCAUCGACUGGAGGUGUUCCGCAUGGAGUUCAGCUAUGGGGUGCAUGGUCGCAUCUCGCAGACGCGCACUUACACCCGCAACAUGGCUGUGAAUAGUUACACGAACGUGAAGAACUACACGUGGGACUGUGAUGGGCAGCUGGUGGGCGUGGAGGCACAGGAACCGUGGGGAUUCCGGUACGAUGACAACGGCAAUCUGUUGUCGCUGACGUAUCGGGGCAACACCAUACCGAUGGAGUACAAUGCCCAGGAUCGCAUUGUCAAGUUCGGUGAGGGUCAGUACAAGUACGAUGCUCGCGGUUUGGUGGCGCAGAAUGCACGCGAGGAACGCUUCCACUACAACACGCAGGGUUUGUUGGUGCGCGCCUCGAAACGGGGACGAUUUGAUGUGCGCUACUAUUACGAUCAUCUGAAGCGUUUGACCACGCGUAAGGACAACUUUGGCAAUGUCACGCAAUUCUUCUACACGAACCAACAGCGACCGUACGAAGUCUCGCAGAUUUAUUCACCGCGCGAUGGUAAACUCAUGUCCCUGACGUACGACGAUGUCGGUCAUCUGAUCUACGCCCAGGUGUAUCGGCACAAGUAUUAUGUGGCCACAGAUCAGAGCGGCACACCGUUGAUGCUGUUCAAUCAGUACGGCGAGGGCAUCAGGGAGAUAAUGCGUUCGCCGUUCGGUCACAUUGUCUACGACUCGAAUCCGUAUCUGUAUCUGCCCAUCGAUUUCUGUGGCGGCAUUCUCGAUCAGGUCACCACGCUCGUGCACAUGGGCGACGGACGUGUCUAUGAUCCCCUGAUUGGUCAAUGGAUGUCGCCCGAUUGGCAGCGUGUUGCCGAGCGCAUCAUAACGCCGACGCGUCUGCAUUUGUAUCGCUUCAAUGGCAACGAUCCGAUCAAUGUGGGUCAGGAGCGUCAUUAUCCCGCCGAUUUUGCCAGCUGGAUGCGAACCCUCGGCUACAAUGUGGGCAACAUGAUGCCCCAACUGUCGAAGGACUUGUGGCAACCGCCAGCACUCUGGGGACGUCCGCCCACCAAUCCGAUAGCGUUGAACAUGCGGCGACCCUUUGACAACAUCCCGACGAUGGCGGUGGAAAGCGGCUUCCUUGCGCACCUCAAUGUACGUCGCAUGUCCGACUUUGAGCAGCUCUCGGCACCGCCUCGUUCCGCACUCAAAUGCGAUGUAAUGGAUCCCUCGCCGCGCAGCAUUGGCUCCGAUACCGAACCGCCUUUCGGCAAGGGAAUUGUUGUCUCACGCACUGCUGAUGGUCAGGCCAUUGUGUCGAGUGUCCCCGCAGCGAAUGCCAUCUAUCGGGAUGUCUACACGAGUGUGUUCAAUCGCUCGAAGUUGCUGCCGUUCACUUUCGUGGUGCACAAUGCGCAACAGGAUUCGUUCUUCUUCGUCAAGGAGGAUGCGUGGCGCGCCAGCGAGGAUCGACAGCAACUGAAGCGACUCCAGGGUCAGGUCAACACCACGUUCCAUGAGAUCACACGCGAGGCAACGCCCGGCGGUGGUUCGGGCUCACAAAGCGGAGCAGCUGGCGGUGCAAACGCUGCUGGCGCCUCGACUGGCAACUAUCUGGAUGUGAAGAUCCAUGGAGCGCAUGCCAUCAUCAAUUUGCGCUACGGCACCACGGUGGCCAAGGAGCAGCAGCGUCUGAUGCAUCACGCCAAGUUGACGGCGGUGCGCAAGGCCUGGCACAGGGAGAAGGAGGCGUUGCGCAGCGGUCUGACGACAGCGCUCGAAUGGACCCAGCAGGAGUCCGAUGAGAUUGUGAAGCAGAGCUAUGCCAAUAACUAUGAGGGUGAGUACAUACACGAUGUCGCCCUGUAUCCGGAACUCGCCGAGGAUCCCUACAACAUCAAGUUCGUGAAGAAGAAGGGCGCCACCGGGGGUGCGGCGGGUGUGCCAAAUGGUCAGCAGAGGCGACGACGACGCAGCCUCACAUCGGCCUGGUCGACUGGCUCGGAUCACGGUGACUCGACAGGGGAUGCGGAUACCGAGUCCGUUGCGUGUUAGUCGCAUCCUCCCCCAUCACUGUCACCACUUCCCUCUACCCACUAAACAUAUGCAUAUACUAUAUAUAUAAAUUACAAAGAAAACAUAUUUAUAAAAAAAAAAGAGAACAAAAGAAAACUAUCAAUAAUUACCGAGUAUUAUUAGCCCCCGAAAAGCGGAAGGGCGCAAACGAGAACGAAGAUGAAGAUGAAGAAGAGGAAAAACUGUACUAAAAAUAACUAAACAAUAGGAUCUAAAAACUCAAACACACACAGACACACACACACCGUAAAUGUUAAUCGAAUUCAUUUAUAAGUCAAGCUAAAGAAUGUUUUUUUUUUUUUUAAUCGUUAGUAACUAGAUGCGACAGAGCAAAUGCAUAUAUAUAUAUAUAUAUAAUGAAUGAUGAUAUAUACACUAUAUACAUAAUAUAUAUAUACAAUAUAAAACAAUAAUAUUAUUGUAAUAGUUUAUAGACGGACGGACAGUUCAUGCACAGGCGUGUCUAUAGAUUGAGUAUGUGUGUAGCCGAUAAAUAUGUCUAGAUGUCUAGAAAUGUAAUAAAAAUGUGUGUCAAGAUAUUCCGUAUCAAUGUCUACUAAUAAACACAUAACAAGCGAACGAAAGGGAAGGUAAAUGAAGUUAGAUCUAUGAGAGGUAAGGCAACUAUUUUUUUUUUUUCGUUGAUUGAUUGAUUGAUCGUGGUACUCGAGCUUUUUGAGACUGGCAUAGUUUUAAACAAAUCACACACACACACUCACACUCACACUCAUACAAAACAUACCAAGCUAAGCGAGAUGGAUGAGGAAUAUAUAUAUAUAUGCAUAUAUACUCGAUAUAGACACGCUUGAGCAUGACGUAUAACUAUGAUAACUGUAUAUAUAACGGAUAUGAGAUGGGAUGCAACAAAUAAUGAAGCAUAGUUUUAGGGGCCCGUCGUAGCUGUAGCUAAUUAUGCCAAGUUUAGACCAAAACGAGCAGAACGAGAGAGAGAGAGAGAAAGCUUAAUACACACACACACACACUGACAGACAGACAGACAUGCUCAUGCUAUAUAGCCAACUUUCUAUAUAUGAAAUGAAAAGCGAAAAAAAAACAAACACACACAUAUUACUAUUAUAAACUAAUAGAGAAAACGCAAAACCACAAUGGAAACAAAAAAAAAAAAACAAAGUAAAAACUAAUUAAAUAUGCGCCAUAAAUGUAACUGUAACUGUAACUGUAAACCAUAAAAGCAUGGCUAAAAUAUUUAAACAAAUUAAUAGGCCACACAUUACCGUCGAGGCAAUUACGCUGCAAUUUCGCAAGCUGCAAUAUUGCAGCGAAAUUAUCAGGCGAAAACAUAAAGAACAAACCACAAUAGCGAAACGAAACGAAACACAAAACAACAAAACAAAACAAGAACAAAAGGCAUAAUUAUGCAACAUCAAUUUUUAGCUCUUAAAUAUAAAAAAUAAUUGCAUUUUUUUGUACGUAACUUUUAACUUAAUUAAUUUAUUGCUUUCAAAAUGGGAGGGAAACAAACAAAAAGAAAAAACAAAAACAAUUGCAACAUAUAUAUUAUAUUUAAAAUAGUGUACGUAAAGAGCUUUUCUUUUUUUUUUUUUAUUAGAUAGCUUGUAAGCGAAUUAUUAUUAUGAAUUAAUGAUUAAAUUAAAGCCUAAUUCUAUUAUUAAAAUUGUAAAAUGUUUUGUUAUUAUUUGUAAGAUUCUUUGCGCUUUCUUUGACAAACAAAAGAACAAGAAAAACGCAAAUCUCAUUACACAAAUAAAUAAAAUAAAACAAGCAAACGAAAAAAAAGAAAAACAAAAACAAAAAUUGUGAAAUCAAUAAAUGAAAUUACUAUUACACGAAGAAGAAGAAGAAUAACAACAAUUGACAGUAUUACAAGACGUUGGAUGAGGAAGAAGUACAGCAAAAUUCACUCAACGACGAAUGAUUCGUUUCCGAUUCAAAUAAAAACAAAAACACUCACACUCACAUGCAGCUGAUUCAUUUUCCGUCCAAUUGCAUGCUCACACACACAUACACACACACACUAACACAGAGACAUUCACUUAAGUUUUGAUUAGUUUUUCUGCUUUGCAAUUGUUUGAAUUCAAAAAUUAUAAUUUAAUAAAUUGGUGCUUAUCGAAUUUAUUGCAAAAAAGAAAACUAUUUAAGCUUAGAAUAAUAACAACAUUUUCUUCCUUCUUUUUGUCCUGUCGAGAGGGGUCGAAGGAUUUGUUUUUUUUCUAGCGCCUAAGUGAGAUGAUAUAAUACGAUAUGCUAACGAUAAUAUAUACAUAAAUAUAUAUAUAUAUAUAAAUGAUAUCUAUAGAGAGAUUUGGCCUACAAAUUGCUGAAUUAGUUGCAACAAAAAAAAGGAAAACAAAAAAUGAAAUUUUUUAGAUGAAAUGUGGCCAAAAGACGAAAAGAAAGAAGAGAGAAAGGCAAGUGCAAGGCAAUUGGCGUAGAUACUAACGAUAAUGAUAGCGAUUACGAUAACGAUAACGAUAAACGAUAGCGAUAAACGAUAACUCUGUGUUUUCUUUUCUAAGUUUGUUCUGUUUUUAGUCUGUAAUGAACAUAGAACUUGGCAAACACCGCACCCGACCUAAGCAACUGCUAGUUAUGUAGCUAAGUAUGUACUAUAUACAUACUCUCUCUAUAUAGUACGAUAUGUGUAUGUAUGUACUUACCCGCGUAUGUCGAGGGGCGUGGUCAUGGGUCGCAUUGCAUACAUAAGCGUUAUAUCAAAAGCUUUCCGCUUUCUAUGUUGGCAAGAAACAACAAAAUACACCUAAAAUGAGAAUGAGAAUACCGCAGAGGAGUAAAAAUACCAUAUAAAUAUACUAGUUUGUAGUCUAACAAAAAAAAUAUGGCUGACUUGGCUUUGCUUGGCAAGUGGACAGCCCCACUGUUAGAUUUUUGUGUAAAUACUUCUUAAGGGCUACUGAACGGUAAACUAGUGUUGUAUAACGCAAACAUACUUAUAUAGCACACACACACACACACAUACCACAUAAAUGUGUAACGACAUGUUUUUUUUUGUGUGGCUUUUCUCGUCGCUCGCGCCUAAAAAUACUUAAAUGUAAUAUAUAAACAUAAUAAGAAACCAAAUAGAGCUACAUAAUAAAUACAAUAACAUAAUGAUAUGCAACCAAUUGGUAUUUAAAUGGUAUAUUCUUAGUAUUUAUACAAAUAUAUAUAAUUAAAAAUAUAUAUAAAUGUGUGUGUAAUGUUUUUUUUAUAUAUACAUUUAGUUACGCGAUUUUCACGGUUUUCUUUUGUUAAUUGGCAAAACAAUGACAAACAAUUUGACAAACAAAAAAAGGAAAACAAAAAUCACAAAAAAACAAAAAGAAAAACACAAAUAAAGAGCAGGAGUCAGUUACCUAUUAGAAUUUGGCAAGCAUUAAAAAGAAAAAUAUGAAAAACAAAAAAUCAAUUGCUUCAAAAGCAACAAAAUACUAAUAAAUGAUACUGCAAAAAGAAAACGUAAAAAUGAAACUCACGUAAGAAGCCAAAAAUGCAAAUGAAAAAAUGAAACAAAAUGCAGAACAACAAAUUGCGCACGAGGAGGAAAAAAAGGGAAAAUAAAGAAUACUUUAGAGCAAAAGCAUCCGACGAUGAAAUGGCUUAAAGAGAAGACGAUGCAAAAGGCAAAAAAUAAGUAUGUAUAUGUAUAUAAAAUGGUAUUUUAGUAUAUUUAUGUUAGAUGCGCCGUCAAAUAAGGAAGAAACAAAAUAAAUGGCAAAGUCAAGAUGAAAACCAGAAGAAAAAACAAAACAAAAAAAUACUUAGCAAAUAAAGAAACAGGGAAACAAUUGAGAUAAAUUAACAUUUAAACAAUUAAACUCUAUACACACACACACACAUGUACACUCACACAGACAUUUGCAGAUAGACAGAGACAGAUAGCUAUUCUUACAGCGACAAACAACAGAAGAUGAAAGAAACCCACAAACAUACUCACACACACAUCUACACACACACAAAACGAUGGAAAAGAAAACAAAAUUUAGCAACAACAAGAAUUUAUGAGAUAUAAUAAAUAACACUAAAUAAAAUACCAAAUAAA